CACACACACACACACACACACACGAGCCGCAGUCACCAUAUACACUCAAUGCAACUACAAACUCUAAACAGUGUUAAAUACAAUUACAGUUUUAUAGAACAAUUAAACAAAGUGGCAUUUAUAUGGAUCUUCAACAGAGGUCAUGUUCAUGUUGAGGUUAACUCUGACAGCAGAUGAGGCGCGUAAAUAUCUGGAUAGUUCGCCUUCGAGCAACUCUACAAAUGGGCAACAUCUUCACGAACCGGAAAGGCGCGUGAACAAGAGACCGGCGGCGGUGUCUUUACUGCGGGCGCUUAACGCAAACCAAAGAGAAAGUCGUUUAUUCCGCUGUAUCGUCGCUUUAUGCAAGAAGACAUUUGAUAUGGCGGUUUACCUGAACUAUAAAUAGUACAUCGUGUGAUCUGCAAGUUUGCGCACAGGUUAAAUUUGAAGCGAAGACCUCUAGAAGUUCCAUAUGAGGAGCUGACCGUUAGCGGUAUGAGAGAUAGCUAAUGCCGAGAUGGCACCUUUGAAGGACAUGGAUCUGAUCGUGUUGCCCCCUGAAUCUGUGGAUUGCGGCACGCAGAGGUGUCGGAUGGGGCCCACGCUGAUGACUGAGCUCGGGUUGAAGCUCGGUUCACCGCUGCUUAUCCUCCUGCCAGAGGGAGCGUGCAUCUGCACCGCCUGGCCUCGUAGUGACCUCGCUGAAGGAUAUCUACAGUUCCACACCACGUGUGCCACAUCAGACUUUAACAGCCAGAGGUUUUCUCAGCUCCGGCUUGCGCAGCUAAAACCGCUUACAUGCUCGCGCUUGAAAUGCCUGCGCGCGAAUGUACUGGUGCAAAGUGCCGAGUACAAGAGAACAACAUCGAGUCAGUUCGUGCAGGAGCUCGCGAAAGAACUGCUCACGGGCCUGUACGUGCAUGAGAAGCAUUUGGUGAACCUCGCAAGUUCUGGAACUCAGAUUCAGUUUGUGGAGGUGGAAAAUGUGAACUCAGGAUCGCAUAAGGCUGGACUAGUCUCCGCUGACACAUUCUUGGACUUGGGCUCCGUUCAGACUGUCAAACAGUACCAACGCAAGCAGAAAACGCCCGUCGUGCAACUGGGUGGAGCGGAAGAGGUGUACGCUCCACUCAGGGAGAUGCUCACUCUCCCACUGCAUUACCCAGAGAGCCUGCGGAGAUUGGGCCUCGCCUGUCCGCGGGGGGCACUGUUGGUGGGACCGCCUGGUGUGGGGAAGACGCAGCUGGUGCGGAGCGUGGCGCAGGAGGCAGGGGCAUCGCUGGUGACGGUGAGCGGGCCGGUGGUGGUUGGCUCACGACCAGGCGAGAGCGAGGAGAACCUGCGCAGGGCGUUUGCACAGGCGCAAGAGGCUGCGCGAGAUGGCCCCUGCAUCCUCUUCAUGGACGAGGUGGACGCACUGUGUCCGAGGCGAUCGGGCAGCAGCAGUGCUCCCGAGAACCGGCUCGUCGCACAGCUUCUCACGCUGAUGGACGGCAUCGGUAGUGACGAAGGUUUCGUCAUUAUCGCAGCCACAAACCAGCCAGAUGCUCUCGACCCAGCACUCAGGAGACCUGGGCGUUUCGACAGAGAGGUGGUGAUGGGUGUUCCUACCCUGAAGCAGAGGUUCCAGAUUCUGGAGUGUGUGAGCCAGAGUGUGCCAUUGUCCCCCAGUGUAGACCUGAUGUCCCUCGCUGAGAUGACCACUGGCUACGUCGGGGCAGAUCUGAGCGCGCUAUGUAGGGAGGCCGCAUUACAGGCCAUACUGCACACUGCCCAGGGCGAAGCUUCUGAGAUGGGCAGCAAAGAUGGGUCUGUGGACAUGGUGCAUUUUCAUAGAGCCCUGCGGUUAGUCCCGCCCUCCUGCCUGCGGAGUGGGGUGGGCGUGGUCGAUUUUAAGCCUGUUAGCUGGGAGCAAAUCGGAGGACUGGAGGAUGUCAAGCUCAAACUGAAACAGAGUAUUGAAUGGCCAAUGAAGUUCCCAGAGGCACUGGUGCGGAUGGGUGUGUGUCGGCCGCGGGGUGUGCUGCUCUACGGGCCGCCCGGCUGCGCCAAGACGACGCUGGUGAAGGCAGCAGCCUCUUCAUCACACUGCACCUUCCUCACUGUUAGCGGAGCUCAGCUGUACGCGCCCUAUGUGGGAGACUCGGGUAGAGCACUCGCACAGCUUUUUCGACAGGCGCGUGCCUGCUCUCCCUCCAUUGUGUUUCUGGAUGAAAUUGAUAGCAUGGUGGGUUCCCGUGGCGAAGACAGUUGCCAGGGUGGUGUCCAGGCCCAGGUGUUAUCCAUGCUGCUUAAUGAGCUUGACGGGGUGGGCUUUAAGCCCAUAGAAAGGCGUGGCUCAGCAAGGACCACCCUCCAGGCUCAGAGGGAGGAGCCUCAGCCCCUCGGAGAGCAGCAGAUGGAGCUGCAGGAAUUAUGUAACAAAGAUGUGAUGAUAGUGGCUGCCACUAACAGGCCAGACGCAUUGGACAGUGCUCUACUCCGGCCAGGGCGACUGGACCACAUCAUAUACGUCCCCCCACCUGACACCCAGGCUCGGCUAGCUAUCCUGCAGCUCCAUACAGAGAAAAUGCCUCUGAAUUGCGAUGUGUGUCUGAAAGAUCUGGCAACCCAAACCCAGCUGUUUUCAGGGGCUGAUCUUGAGAACCUCUGCAAAGAGGCAGCUCUGUUGGCUCUUCACGAGGAGGGUAUGAGUGUUUCCUGCGUGAAGCAGAAGUACUUCCUGGGGGUGUUACAGCGUGUAAGCCCCUCUCUCAGUCCACACCAGCUCCUCCAGUACCAGCAAGUCUCCAGCUGGAGCCAGAGCUCCAGUUAGCCUGCUCCACUUGAUGUUCUUUUGUGACCAUUUGAAACUCCUGGUUAAAUGUUUUCUCUGAAUAUGUUUUAUUGUAUUAUGUAAUCAUGGAAACUAAAAUGUAGUAAUAAUAAUGUUACAUUUAUAUACAUUUGACAUUUUCUGCAUUUAGCAGACGCUCUUUUCCAGAGUAUCUUAAACAUUGGUCAUCAACUUGUGCAAUUUAUCCUAGCCAGUGUAAUGGGUUAGAGGCAAAGAUACAGUUCAAUUAGAAUACUGCUAAAUAAUCAGUGCUGGAAUCAAUGCUGAUACCUAAAAGAAAUGCAAAAUGACCAUAGGUACUAUAUCAAACAACAAUAAGUGCAAUACCAAACAAGAAGUGCUAGACGUGUUCAGUUAAUCAGAUAAGUGAUCAUUAUGAGUCUUCCACUGUGGGCAGUGGUAGAUUGGUGGUUAAGGGGCUCGGAUAGUAAUCAACUAGUAAUCAGAAUGUUGCCAGUUUGAAUUUUACUCAGAAUUGUAAGUCUCUUUGGAUAAAAGCGUCAACUAAUUUCCAUAAAUUUAAAUGAAUCCUCAGUCUGCGUUUGAAGCCUGCACAUGACUUGGCCAUCCGGACAGCCACUGGAAGUCCGUUCCACUAUCUGGGAGCCAAGACAGAGAAUAGUCUCGAUACUUGUCUUCCAUGAGACUGGAAGCAUGACGUUUCAAGCCGAGCCGUACUUGAGGUUCGAGGUAUUCGAGGUACGGUUCGGGCUUUUACCAUCGUCAUGUAUGGAGGAUCGGGUCCGUUUUUGGCUUUGUGGGUGAACACCAGAGUUUUAAAUCUGAUGCGUGCUGUAACUGGAAGCAGAGAAGGGAACGCAAACAGUAGAGUGAUAUAUUGCAUAUUUUAAGAAUACAAGGUCGGGUUACAGUACAAAUCACACAAGUGAUACACAAUAAUAUACAUUAGUGGUGCAACGGUUCUGAACCGAACCCAACAUCAGCGGUUCUGCAGCCUACGGUUCAGUUCAUUGUGCAUGCGACGUGAACUCGUUUUUUCUGAGCUGCACACGUAAAACAUGUUCCGGCAACCGACCUGAAAUUGCCGACUCCCGGCUCGUUUAAAUCUCCACUGUGGCAGUUUUUCAUAGUUACCAUUAAAUAUGAAGGAAGUCGCGUCACUGAUUUAAAAAAAAAAAACAGUUUUGCCGAAAGUGUCAUGCUAAAGUAGUUUUUGCAUCUAGUAUUACGUGGAAUAUGGCAUCUUAUUCGCGAAGACAUCAUAAUGAAAACACUGAACUGCAAGCUAAAACAACUGCACAGCAAACCGCAGCGUUGCGUGCCAAACUCCCCCUACCUCUGGCUGGUAACCACAGUCACAUGUAUACAAAAAAUGAAAAAGGCAAAACUUUAUGAAGACCUGGGUAAAGCAUAGUUCGUUGCAACUACCAAGGAUAAUUGGACAUAACGAGAAACUCAUUUUUGUUCCAGUAACAGCACAUUAUAUAUCAUGUAUGGGAAAUUAAAAACUCUCCUUGAAAGAGGCUGUUGGGAGGGAAAAUGAAAAAAAUAAUAAUUUAAAAGUAUUUUUUUAUUUGGAAUUUAUGUUGCAAAUGAAUCUGGAAUAUUUUGUAUAUCUUGCAUUAAACGUACGUGUGAUUAUUACAUAGGUUAGCACGUUUUUGUUCAUUUAUUUAUAAUCUGAAGCGUAAUAAUAAACAAACCGUUA